AUGGGUUCAGAGGAUCCAGCUCGCAGAUCAGAGAGAGGUAAACCACCCAUCCAUAAGCAGCGCGAAUUCAAACUCGGCCUUGGGCGCGAUACGCUCAGCAUCGGUAGCAACAACCACAACCCAAAUAGACGGCCUGUGAAAAGCUCUCCUGUCCAGCCAGCUCAAACUUCGGCUUUCUACAGUUCCACCCCACCCGCCGCGAGACAGCUGCAAAGUGAUGCUGCCCAUUCUUCCAAAUCUGGUCCAAUAGACAUUGAAAGUGACAACGGUGGCUUACCCACUCCUUCCACCUCCAAUAGAGUAAAAGGUAAACAAAGGGAUCAUAGCUAUGCUCAGUUAUCUGCACAGUGGUCUAAACCCGUUCAGGACGCUCAAAUUGACUUAGACUCUGAUGAUAUUCCCAUAUCCAAAAGCGCUACUGGCGUGGCUGCAAAUAUGGCUGGGAAGGGUACACAGAAGAAACCCUUGAUAUCGUCGCGUAAGUCGCAGUCUAAACCAUCGCAAGCUUCCCGAAAAGAGCCUUUGGAUGUUGAACGAGGUAAACAUAUUAAUCACGACAACAACAAUCUUUAUACCACCAAAAAAGUCAGUGAAACCCUUCGCCAUGGUUACCUGCAUUACAUCAAUCUCAAGGGCUCCAAUUCAAAUAAUGUCCUAUAUCUAGCUCAGACGAAGAUCAACGGAUAUAACGUCGAAAAGUCAACUCAUGGCUUGUAUGCCUUGUAUUUCGAUGACGCCACAUUAUCGCUCUGUAGACGAGUACCAUCGCAAAAAUUGAUACCAUGGCGGGUGAUUGACCUCCAGGACUUGUAUUCUGUCCAAGCUCGCAGCGAAGAUAUGUGCAGCGUGUUCUUCUUUGUACUCAAGGAAGAUUCACCGACAAUAAAGUCCCUUAAGGACCCUAAAAGCGAGUUAGCACUGGAGCAUACAGUUGACGACAAAGAACUUACACUCUCAAACCACUUGAAAUCGGCAAACAAUACCAUUACUUUUGUCACCGAUCCAAAUGCCCUCAUCAAUAGCAAAGAUAAACACCGAAAACUUAUUGGAAGUAUAGAAAAAACAAUGAAAGAAGGCAUACGAGAGAUGCCUACUCCUCAAUUUCAGCAAUUCGUGAAAUCCAUCAAUGAGAAUGGCAGGGCUUCUGCCGACACAACCAAGUUUCCCGCUGAUACAAGUAAGAGUAGGCCUCGGCAGAGCAGUGCAAAUGAGACUAUCACUAUUGAUGAAGAAGACAAAUCCAAUGCUAAAUAUGAUGAUGGUACGCCAAAGGCCACUAAGCAAAAAAGAAAAUCUUCAGCCAAAGGUCAAAAUGACGAGAUUGAGUUAUUUUCUGAAGAUGAAAGGGAGCAAGUCAAGAAAAAACCUAAACCAUCCGCAAUUCCUAACAUGGCGAAAGAUAAACCCCCUCCUAAAGCAAUCGUACCAGGUCAAGCCAGAGCACAAAGUCAAUCAACACCUAAGACUGAAGAAAACGAUGAGUACACCUCUCGAAGGAGUAUUAAAAACAUCCCAAUACCCCGCACGAACUCCACACGCAAAGCUAAAACUGAUGCUAAUAAGGCCAACAAUGAUGCGAAAACUUUAGCUUGCCACAAGCCUCAGAUGGAUUCAGCAAUUGCCAAUGAGAUUUAUUUGAUAAAGGAGUUUGAAAAUGGCUGCCUAACAAUACGGAGAGGCGAUCGAGCCAGCAUUGACCCUUCCGAAUUCCUUAACGACUGUAUAGUUGAGUAUGGAAUACGCUCAACGCUUAUGAGGCUGCGAAAUCGUGAUCCGCUUUUAGCUGAUCAGGUGCAUCUUUUCAGCAGUUUUUUCUACUCAUCUCUAGUAAAUUCGUACGAAGGGUUGGGAGAUCCCUACAAAACCAUGUGGAGGUGGACGAAAGGUGUUGAUAUCUUUGCUAAAAAGUUUAUCUUGGUGCCAAUAUGUGAAAACUUGCACUGGUAUUUGGCAAUCAUAUACAACCCCAAAGGUGUGCUAUACGGACCACCAGGAGACGCCAAGGAUAAAAAGAAACAACCCAAACCGCGGUCGGCGACUGGAGCUGCUGGUGCGGCCGUCAAUUCUGCUGCUGCAAAGAAGAAAGAGACUCAGAAGCGGAGAGAAGCGGCUAAAUUAGAUAAGAAAGCUGAAGCUGCCAAGCAGAAGAAGAAUUAUGAUAUCGUAGAACUCAGCUCUGAUUCAGAAGAGGAGCCAGAGCGUCAGAGCCAAGAGAAGGACUUAAAAGAUGAAAAGGAUGGUAGCAAAGCAAGUUCCAGCGCAACAGGCAACUCACCUGAAGUCGAUAAAGAUGAAGACGUUGUUAUGGCAGAAGCUCCUUUGUUCACACAAGCUGAGCAUACCGAGGCUUCUUCACAGCCAGAUAUACCAGACUCCAGUGCAGUGGAAGUUGUGGGUAGCGCAGAUGGGGAAUCAAGCAAAGUUGAAGGAGACGUGGACGUUGUGCACGAGAUGCGUAGUAAAAAUGCGCGCUGCUAUAUAUACACACUCGACAGCUUGAGUGGAACGCACAGAGUUGUAAUAGACAACCUUUCCAGGUAUCUCCAGAUGGAAGCGCAGGGUCGGAAAGAGCUUCCCGAAGAAGAAUUCAGUAUGCCUGAUGGUAAGACGCCGAAAGUACCCAAACAGCCGAAUUGGUGCGAUUGUGGUGUCUACGUUAUACACUACAUUGAUGUGUUUUUCAAGGAUACGACUAAAUACCUCAAUUUGCUUUACAACUCACAUAGAAUCAGACGCGAGCAGACUGAUCCACAAUGGGAGAACAAGGUUGCAACUAGUGCUCGCGAACGCCUGACCAAGGAGUUGGAUGAAGAGGCUGCUAUAUUUGACGCUGAGGAGAUUCGCAAAGGAAGGCGGAAGCCCAAACCGAUCGAAAAAAAUAAGGAGAAAACUACUGAAACUGCUACUGUAACUCCAGCAAUUGGUGAAAAUGAUGGCGAGGAUGCCGGUCAAAGUGAUGAUACAAAUGACAAAGCUGUUAAAUCUGGAAGUAAUGAAAAUUCGGAUGAAGAUAACAAGGAAAUUGAAAGCAAUCCAUCUAUUACUGCCACGACGGGUGAAAAUGGUGAAGAAAGUACUAAAAAUGAGAAUGGAUCUCACAAAGUUGAGCUACAAGCUAGCACUAGCCAAGCAAAAGAGGAGGGUGUAAUCAAUAUUUCAGAUGAAAGGGACGGCUCCGCAGUAGCGCCUACAGAUAAAUCCUCAAGUCAGCCACCAGCUCAUUUAUUAGGGGACUUGGGGGUUGUGAUGGCAUCCAAUUUUAUGGAAAGCUCAGGGCAGCAUAGUGAGCAGCCUCACAGUGACUGUAGAAGGUCUCAUGAUCUACGAGAGCCUCAGGUAUCUCAUAGAUCCUCAGAGGCCCACGAUGAAAGACAGCACACUUCUCACGAUCAUUCUCUGCGUUGUGCUCAGCAGAUUCAAUCAGCGUCAUCUUCGCAAACAUCAAAUCUAUCUCUUCUUGCUCAACGAAUAGAGUCAACCACGGCUUCGCCCGUCUCACCUACAAUAAUUACAAGUCUACUACAGCGACUCAAGUCAAGCUCAACCUCACCAAAAAGAGAAUCAAACUACUUCGAUGCUCUUUCUGAGCGAAUAGAUGAGCACCGAUCAGUGGAUCCUGAACGUAUGCAGCAAUUUCAGCAGUUGCAACAGUUUCAGAGAAAUUUUGCUUCUAUGCAAAGACCACAGGCUACCCCACCACCUCGCAUUCCACACCCUUCACAGGUUUCACAAUCGUCUUUCCAUGCAGCAAAGAAAGCGACUACAGAAAUUGUUAAUCGGAAUAUGGCACAGUCGCUUCAAUCGCCAAAUGAUUCACAACUAACUGAGACAUUGAUGCAAACGCAAUCAUCAGCUCAAUCAGAUGAUACAGUAUUUCCUAAAACUACCAGCAGUAAAUCAAUAAAUUCCACAGCAGAUCUACCUUGUUUAUCUGUCAAGCCAGACUCAACAGGAGUGAUACCAAAGACAGAUGUAAAUAGUAAUUUACCAAAUGCCACGGAAAUGCAUCCGAGAGGGAAAAAAAGCAAGAAAGCAGCAGAAGAAAAACCAACUCGCAAUGCUAAGAUCAGGGAUUUUCUUUCGAAACCUGCUGAUGAAGAGAGAAGGGAGAAAACGAUGUUUCAGCCACUAAGUUCUCACAGGCAGAACAUGGGAAUGAAGCCAAACAAAAAUGACUAUGAUGAGUCUGCGAGUAAGCAGCAUAGUAGAGAGCCAGGAGAUCCGCUUCCUACGUUUGCCAUAGGCGCAAACCGAGCAAACCCAGAAUAUCCACAGUUCCAACGAAGUUCGGAAGAUGAAAGGGAUGAGAGAGACAGUCAGUUUGAAGGGCUCUCGAUUAUGGGCAGGAGUGGAACGAUUGAUUCUGGCCUUGAUAGCCAAUCACAGCCAUCGCCUCGACCAGGGGAAAUAUCAGCGGCAAACAACACACCGUUACCGUCACAUCCAACGCUAGGAUCGAGGCGGAGGUAA